AUGUUAUCGUCUACUAUAAGUUUCGCGGUGCAUUUGUAUUCCUCACUUCAAGGAGUACAGACGAUCGGACGAGCUCUCGGAAGUUUAUUACCUUACAGCACCAUGGUUGGAACAAACAAGAGAAACUUUGACACCCCACAUCUAAAAACAGGUGACCCCCUACCUCCCUACACGGGCAAGCUCCGUCUGUACAACAUGCGGUACUGCCCCUUCGCCCAGCGCACCGUCCUAGCCCUGAACGCGAAGAACAUCGACUAUGAAAUCGUCAACAUCGAUCUCAUGGACAAACCUGAAUGGCUGACCACCAAGAGUGCUUUUGGAAAGGUACCAGCCCUGGAAAUAGCAGAAAAUGUAUCAAUUUACGAGAGUUUGGUAACAGUGGAGUAUUUGGACGAUGUCUACCCACAGCGACCUCUUCUUCCUAAAGACCCAGUGAAGAAGGCCGUAGACAAGAUCCUUGUUGAAGCUCUAUCAGCGAUCCACGCCGUAUACUUCAAACUAGUGAGAGGACCAGACACAAUCACGGAGGACAACAUCACCGCUUACUACAAAAAUUUGACCUUCAUUCAGCAAGAGUUGCAGAACAGAGGCACCAAGUUCCUCGAUGGAGACCAGCCCGGUUACGCAGACUACAUGAUCUGGCCCUGGUUCGAAAGGCUCCACGUAAUUAACCAUGACCUGGCAAGACUGGACAAGCAGAAAUACAAGUUAUUGGUGGAAUAUAUCGACAAUAUGUUCCAAGACCCAGUUGUGGCGGAGUACAAACUGCCAAGAGAGGCUUUAGAACAUUUCCAGAACCAAUACAAAUUGGGCAAGAAACCAGUUUACGAUUAUCUGAUCCAAAAGUAA